AGGUUACAAAAUAAACUUGAUCCAUCUGAAAAUUCAGUUUGGUCCGUAGCGUCCGCAAAAGUACACAAGGCACUCAUUUCUCACAUCAUACAGAGUCACAGACAAAAGUUUGCAAGGAAAUACUUUUUCAAUAUUACAAUACAACCUUUUCAUAAAAACAAAAAAGUAAAACCCACACUUCGAAAUUCAGACACCUGUCAACCAACACCGCCGUCGAGAGCGCACGAAAAUGGACACCAAAUUGAAAUAAACACAAAAAUAUAAAAUGUAACACCCGGACAUUCCCCCUACCACCAUAUAACUCUCUGAAUAGCUAGCUACCAUGGGCAAGCCGAAGUUCGAUCAGCCAACGAGCACCUUCCCUUACAAAAUAUCCAGGAGGCUGAAUAUUCUGAGUGUACCCAGGAAUUACAUCAUCGAUACGGGUGAAGGUAUGCCUGCUCUCACGCCAAGAGGGAUACGAAAGUCUGCGAUUAACGCGCAACUGUCAGACAGGGUCAAUGACGCCGCAUGGCCUUAUAUUCGCCGCUUCCUAAUCAUCAAAAAGAUGUACAAGCACCGAUUCAGCCAAGAGCGUAUGGAGCGCAUCGACCGCAUGAUCGAGGCGGCCAACGUGACAUGCUACUCCAAGCUCGCCAACUGCGUGUUAGAUCUGAAGAAACAGGACACAAAGGAGGUUAAGAAGAAGCGAGGCUGGACCGAGAGCGAAUGGAAGAAGCACAUGGAUUAUAUUGGGCAGAUCGCCGGGCCUAGAAGAGAGGAGAUAUUCAAACCCCCGCCUAUAAAGAGAGGUAACAUCAAACCUCUAGACCAGUUACUACCGAGGAUCAACCAGAUAUGCUACCGGCCAGACUUCAAGAUCUACAAACGGCUCUCGCAGGAAGCUUGGUACAGAGAUCCUAUCAAAGUUCCAAGGGGCGCCCUAAAGUACGUGAUAUCAGACAGAGUGAAGAAGCUAGCAGUUCCGAGAGUUAUACCGCAACCCGGCGCUUACGACUGAUCCCACAACAACGCCGAGUCAACCGUCCUAACGAAGACAGAACAAAACAACCGAAGUCAUGUAACUAAAACAUUAUCCAGUGUCAGUCUCCCCUCAUAUCAAUAGUGGUGUACGUUCAACCAAGUCGCGACGGUAUCGGUGGACAAAGCAACCAAUAAAACAGUAAGCAACUUUAAAAUUGUUUUAUUGUAUUUACAUUUGGUAACAAUGUCGAUUUUCUACUUAAUUUUAAAAAAAUACUGCGAAAUUAAAACUGAUUUUUGCAUUUUAAAUUCAUUGACAG